GUAAAGUUCAAUCAAUUGACUUGGCAAUCAUGCGAUUGAGAUGAUAUAGGAAGACUAGCGUUUAUGUUGGUCCAUUUUGCUCAUUCAAGGAAGUUAAUUUAGCCAAUACACGUGGAUCUCAAUAUAAAUUCAGAUUUGAAUUAUCACAGGUAUAUGACGGGAAGGUAAAGUGAACCGAAGGAAAGUUACAUUGAGUAAUCCAAUUAAACUGGUUUCAAACAUGGAGCCAAUAGACGAACCGGAAGUAGAGGAGAUGGCCGGAAGUAAAGAGGGCACUCGCUUGUUAAAGAUGCCCGUCGACUCUGUGAACUCGAGUCCGGAGAGGGAGAUGGCAUGGGACAGUGUAGGGACUACGGACACUGAACGCACGGACGAACACGUCCGCUCCACAGAGGAAUUAGACAAUAGCUGUUUGCGGAAGACCAAGCGGUACGCACGCAAGGCCUAUAAAGGAGCCCGGUCCCUCGUUGGCCUUAUUCUCUUGUUAUUGAUAUACACUUGCAUAGGCGCCGGGCUGUUUAUGGCAAUCGAAUCGAGAAAUGAAAAGAAAUACAAGCAAAACAUUACGGCGAUCAGGAACAAUAUGGUAGAUAAGUUGAUGCAGAAAUAUAACACCGCUCAAGACGUCGUUACAUGGAAAUCGCAGGCGCGAGUGAUGUUGAUCGAGUACGAGGCUUCAAUACGUGACGCAAUCAAGAACGACGUGACGUCAGAUUCCACGGUUGAAGUGUGGACGUUUUGGAGCGGGCUGUUCUUUUCCUGGACGGUAUACACAACAAUCGGAUACGGUAACAUUGCUCCCGUGACGGAUUUCGGUCGUCUUCUGACCAUAGUGUACGCAUCCAUUGGUAUACCUUUGGCGUUGCUCCUUCUGGCAGAGCUGGGCAAGCGCUUUACUGUCUUCCUGAAAUACCUCUGGGCGUUCGUGAGGCGGUUUUAUUACACGGGAUAUUGCCGACGUGUCCGCGAAACUUUGCACCAGAAGUACAUUGUGUCCGAGGACGCCAAACAUGACGCGGUUAACGCGGAGGAUGAAAAUCGCGUUGCCGUUGAUGGGGAGGACGCUAAUCGCACAGCUGUUCCCGCUGACAAGGAGGCGCGUGCCAAAAGCGUGGAGUCUGUUAAAAACGAAGAAAGUCGCAGUAGAAGCGGAUCAAAGGUUGUUUACGGUUAUGAGGUGGAUGAUGCAUUUAAUCUGCCAAUUAUCGUGGCCAUAGGGAUUCUUGUUGUCUACAUAAUGCUAGGGGCAAUUAUGUAUACACUCUGGGAGGAAUGGACAUUCAUUGAGGCGUUUUAUUUCGUCUUCGUGUCAUUGGCGACGAUUGGCUUCGGCGAUAUAUUUCCUGCGCAUCAGAAAUUCUUUAUUAUAUCGUCCGUUUAUAUGUUCGUUGGUCUAUCGCUGGUUUCUAUGUGUAUUAACGUCGCCAUUGAGUUCUUUAAUGUAGCUGCGGUAAGGGCGAAGGCGAAAAUGGAAAAGGCUAAAAAGAAAAUCGGGCAUAAGGUGCAUCAGGCGGGAAGGAAUGCUAAAGAAAAAGUGCAUGAUAUGAAAACCAAUAUCAAAGACGAGACUCAGAGACUUAAACAAAAGACAGACGAAAAGCUUAUUAGCCUUAAGACUAAUAUCACCGAUGAAACAGCGAAAUUGAAACAGAAAACCGAUAAAACAUUCACUGAUCUUAAAACCAACAUUGCCAACGAGACGUCAAAGUUUAAGAAAAAGGCUGAUCAAACAUUCCGAAAAAAAUCUACGGAUACAAGUAGUCCGUCAAAAGGCAGUCCGUCUAAAAGUAUUUCUACGCCAGAUAUCCAGCAAGAUGAAACUGAUGCUGUUAAAGUGGCAAAAUUCGACGAGAUUAAAACUGAACGAUCACCCGAGAAAACAUCACAAAAGCUUUAAUUAACAAGUUAUCUAUCAAUUCAGUAUCAGCCUCACAAAGUUGUUUACUCUAAAAUGUGUUAUUUCUCAAAAUCGUAAUUAACAUGUUAUCUAUCAAUUCAGUAUAAGCUUUACAAAGUUGUUAACUUUAAAAUGAGUUAUUUCUCAUAACGUGAAUUAAAUUUGUUUUAUGUUUACUGUUCGCUUUAAGUGUACCAGUAUAUGCGUUUAAGCUCAUUAAAUGACCCAAUAUCCUUCAAAAUGUCCGAUGGUCUGUCCACAUACAGCCAAAUGACAUACACUCGCCACAAUAAAAUAAUUCUUUAUUAUUCAUAUUAUCUUAAAGAUAUUUUAACAUAAAGUAAGUUUAGAGUGUAGUUUUGACAUGAUUUUAUACGUGUAUAUACGCAUACUUUAUAAUCCAUCUAGUUGUGUUUUUUUUAAUAUUAAUAUACACUUGUAGUUAUAAUUGCUAAAAUGCUCUUUGUUUAUCAAAAUUUGCAUUGUAAAAUUUACAGUUGUAAAGUAAAGCAUGUGUCUACUUUUUAAAGUUGUGUUAUAGUUUCAUUCUCGUCAUUUAUCAAUAUAUUGAUAUUCAAAGGUAAGCAGCGAUGAUUUACUAGACAUAACAUUGAUAUUUACAAAAAAAACAAGUAAAGUUAUCAAGAAACGACAUCCUCAUUAUAACCUCACAAAAUGUUAUAAAAUGUAUUAACUGAUGGAUUGUUC